CACUGCUCCAGCAGAGGAACAGCAGCCACCACAGCAGCAGUCCAGGCGGUGGCCGGCCUCUUCGGGCCCAGGGGUGCUCAGCUGCCCAGAGGUACCCCGCAAAAGGCAGGGCUCCAGCCCUCCCCUGAAUGGGUGGGAUCGAGGCAGGCGGGGGCAGGCGGGGCUUUGCCUCUGGCUGCAGCCGCUGGGCUGGGUGGGCCCGGCCAGGAGCGCUCACUGUGUGGAGGCUGGGCCUGGGCCUCCCUGGCCCCCUGCACUGGGUGGGGGUGGGGAGGCUCACCCAGAUCUUCAUCCCCUGGGCUCCACACUAGACAGCUCAGGUGGAUGCUACGAGUCUCAGCCCUGUGUCUGAGCCCCAGCCCCUUCCCAGCUCACGUCGUGUGUCCUGUGCCCUUGGUGGCAGCGACGCCGGUGCUGUGGACAGGGGGCGCUGGGGGUGGGGGCUGGAGAGCACCCUGGUGUUGAGCAGCUGCUGCUUCUGGCCCGAGGGACACAGAUGGUCCCGGGGCAGCGGCCAGCUCCACCCUGGUUCACUGGAGAGCGGGGAAGGGGCACGUGGCCGCCUUCCGGGCCAGCAAUGCUCCCGUUGGCGUAGCCGGAGGGUGGAAGGAGGCCGGGUCAGGCGGGCAGGUGUGUUGGGCAGCGCCACACGGGUGGGGGUAGAGGUCUAGCCUUGAAACGGCUUCCUGGGCAGUGUGUCUUGCCGGCCUCCCGCCAGGGGACAGGCACCAUGCCUGGGGCUGCGGAGCUGGGCCCUGCCAGGGCUGAGGUAGGUGCAGGUGUGCCGGGCCCCGCGGUGCACGGCGGGUGGGCUGUGAGGCUCUGGGCAAAGGGCAAUGGAGAGGGCACUGAGAUGCCCCCAGCCCCGAGGCCCCCUCCUGGACACCACUUGGGUCAGACUCCCUGCUCUCUCCCCUGGCCGCCACCCUCUGGGAGGGUGCAGGUGGCCAGCACCGCCGGAGAACCACAGCCCCUGGUGCCCCUGGUGCGAGGGAGCAACCCCCGAGGGCAGGGCUUAGGGUGGCGGUGGGUCAGGUGUCUCCCCCAGCUGCCCCCAAAACACAAGGCUGGGUGUUGUCUGCAGGCCAGCAGGGAGGCCGGGAGGGCGGGAGAGCCUGCAGGCCUGGCCCCAGGCCCCUGACCGGCCUCCAUGAGCCUGGGUCUCCUUCCCUGCCACGGGGGACGCGGCCCGACCCCAGAGCACUUAGCGAUUGUGCGAGCGCGGGCGACAGGCGGGCGUGGGGCGCAGGAAGCUCUGUGGGUACGCUCCUUGCCAUCCACCACGCCCCGCGCUGCGAUCGCUGCCCUGUCCCUGCGCGCCUCGUCGGGUCCCAAAGCAGGCCCCGGAGCCCCGUCCUCCCCCGCUGAGCAGGACGCUUCACCCCGGGAGACACCUCUCGGGGAACCUGUCUCUUAGAGGGUCGACUCCAUUGCCUUCUCGCUGGGUGUGAGAUUUUUCUGGCUGGGAGGUCUGGGAGGGCUUCCUGAGGAGGCUCUGGGAGGACGCAGGAGGGGGCGCAGGGAGGAGGGAGCCUGGCCGCCCAGUCUCCGCGCCGAAGGCCCCGGCCGGAGCUCUUGCCACCUUCUCCCUCGGGUCCAAUAGGGCACGGAGGCAAAGGCUGAAGUAAAAGGCAUCUGCAGAGCGUGGCUCCAGGGGGCCUGCUGGAGCAGGGGGGUGUCCCAGUCUCGGGGCUGUGCCUUCCCGCCCCACCCUGCCCCGCAGCACCGGCUCCUGGGCUUGCACCACCUCCCCUCCCCCAACCCCUCCUGCAGCCUCUGGGGGCUCCCGCCUCCCUGUCUCCCCGGCCCAUCCCCAGCCUGCAGCCAGGGGUCUCCUCCUCAAACGCAGGGGCUGCUUGUGCCCCUUCAAGGGCCCCGCCCUCAGGAAGUGUCCUGUGCCCUGACGCGGAGGGGUCUGAGGGGGCUGGGUAGGUCCCGUCCCUGCUCCAGUGCUGAGGGGGCCAACACCCCCUGCAGAGCUGUCGUGCUGUCGGCCCCAUGCAUGCCCCCCUGAACUGGCCAGGAAUUUUUGGUCUCCUUCCAAGGUCCGCUGGGCCCAGCCAACCUGAUGCCAGGUCUACCCUUCUGUCCACCGCCACCGGACAGACGUGGGGGGGAGGGGAAUGGCCACAGCCUGGGUCUCACUUCUCCCCACCCCCAGCCCGACUCUCCUUAGCCCCCGCGGCGCUUGCAGCAGGAGUCACCAUGGCCUCGCUGAGCCGGGCCUUGCGGGUGGCGGCCACACGUCCCCGCGGGAGCCCUGCCCUGCGCCCCCUGACCAGCGCGGCCGGCCCCACCGCCGAGAAGAGCGUGCCCUACCAGCGGACCCUGAAGGAGGGCUCCUCGGAGGUGGCCUCGGGCCCAAGCCGGCCCCUGCCCAGCACAGCCAACGUGGUGGUCAUCGGCGGGGGCAGCUUGGGCUGCCAGACGCUGUACCACCUGGCCAAGCUGGGGGUGAGCGGGGCGGUGCUGCUGGAGCGCGACCGCCUCACCUCCGGGACCACCUGGCACACGGCAGGCCUGCUGUGGCAGCUGCGGCCCAGCGACGUGGAGGUCGAGCUUCUGGCCCACACGCGGCGCGUGGUCAGCCGGGACCUGGAGCAGGAGACGGGGCUGCACACGGGCUGGAUCCAGAACGGCGGCCUGUUCAUCGCGUCCAACCGGCAGCGCCUGGAUGAGUACAAGAGGCUCAUGUCGCUGGGCAAGGCCUACGGCGUGGAGUCCCAUGUGCUGGGCCCGGAGGAGACCAAGGCGCUGUACCCGCUGAUGAACGUGGACGACCUCUACGGGACCCUGUACGUGCCGCACGACGGGACCAUGGACCCCGCGGGCACCUGCACCACCCUCACCCGGGCCGCCACCGCUCGGGGGGCGCAGGUCAUCGAGAACUGCCCGGUGACCGGCAUCCGUGUGCGGACGGACGACUUUGGGGUGCGGCGGGUGGCGGCCGUGGAGACGGAGCAUGGCACCAUCCAGACGCCCUGUGUGGUCAACUGCGCCGGGGUGUGGGCAGGCGCCGUGGGCCGGAUGGCCGGGGUCAAGGUGCCCCUGGUGGCCAUGCACCACGCCUACGUGGUCACUGAACGCAUCGAGGGCAUCCAGAACAUGCCCAACGUCCGCGACCACGAUGCCUCGGUUUACCUGCGCCUCCAAGGGGACGCCUUGUCUGUGGGCGGCUACGAGAACAACCCCAUCUUCUGGGAGGAGGUGUCGGACAAGUUUGCCUUUGGCCUCUUCGACCUGGACUGGGACGUGUUCACCCAGCACAUCGAAGGCGCCAUCAACAGGGUCCCGGUGCUGGAGAAGACGGGCAUCAAGUCCACUGUGUGCGGCCCAGAGUCCUUCACACCGGACCACAAGCCCCUGAUGGGAGAAGCGCCUGAACUCCGGGGGUUCUUCCUGGGCUGCGGCUUCAACAGCGCAGGAAUGAUGCUGGGUGGAGGCUGCGGGCAGGAGCUGGCCCACUGGAUCAUCCACGGGCGCCCGGAGAAGGACAUGUACGGCUACGACAUCAGGCGCUUCCAUCACUCGCUCACCGACCACCGCCGCUGGGUGCGGGAGCGCAGCCAUGAGUCCUACGCCAAGAACUACUCGGUGGUCUUCCCCCACGACGAGCCUCUGGCGGGGCGCAACAUGAGGACGGACGCCCUGCACCAGGAGCUCCUGGCGCGGGGCUGCGUGUUUCAGGAGCGGCACGGCUGGGAGCGCCCGGGAUGGUUUAGCCCCAGAGGCACAGCUCCGGUGCUGGACUACGACUACUACGGGGCCUACGGCAACCAGCGGCGCGGGGGCGACGCCUACAGCCAGCUGCUGGGGGAGGAGUACACCUUCGACUUCCCGCCGCACCACGACGUGAUCAGGAAGGAGUGUCUGACCUGCCGGGGGGCCGCUGCCGUGUUCGACAUGUCCUACUUCGGGAAGUUCUACCUGGUGGGCUUGGACGCGCGGAAGGCAGCCGACUGGCUCUUCUCUGCAGAUGUCAGUCGGCCUCCAGGCUCCACGGUGUACACCUGCAUGUUGAACCACCGUGGGGGCACGGAGAGUGACCUGACCGUCAGCCGCCUGGCCCCCGGGCCCCAGGACUCCCCCCUCGUCCCUGCCUUUGAAGGGGACGCCUACUACCUGGCCGUGGGCGGCGCCGUGGCCCAGCACAACUGGUCCCACAUCUCCACGGUGCUGCAGGACCAGCGGCUGCGCUGCCAGCUCAUCGACAGCUCUGAGGACCUGGGCAUGAUCAGCAUCCAGGGCCCGGCCAGCCGGGCCAUUCUGCAGGAGGUGCUGGAUACAGACCUGAGCAACGAGGCUUUCCCUUUCUCCACCCACAAGCUGGUGAAGGCCGCUGGGCACCUGGUGCGGGCCAUGAGGCUGUCCUUCGUGGGGGAGCUGGGCUGGGAGCUGCACAUCCCGGGGCCGUCCUGCGUGCCCGUGUACCAGGCCGUGAUGGCAGCGGGCGCCAAGCACGGCCUCGUCAACGCAGGCUACCGGGCCAUCGACUCUCUGAGCAUCGAGAAAGGCUACCGGCACUGGCACGCGGACCUGCGCUCGGACGACAGCCCCCUGGAGGCGGGCUUGGCCUUCACCUGCAAGCUCAAGUCGGCUGUGCCCUUCCUGGGGCGCGAAGCCCUGGAGCAGCAGCGGGCCGAGGGCCUCCGCCGGCGCCUGGUGUGCUUCACGGUGGACGAGAAAGUUCCCAUGUUUGGGCUGGAGGCCAUCUGGAGAAACGGGCAGGUGGUGGGCCACGUCCGCAGGGCAGACUUCGGCUUCACCCUGGACAAGACCGUUGCCUACGGCUACAUCCGGGACCCCAGCGGUGGGCCGGUCUCCCCAGACUUCGUGAAGAGCGGAGACUACGCUCUGGAGAGGAUGGGGGUGACCUACCCUGCCCGGGCGCACCUGAAAUCUCCCUUCGACCCGGACAACAAGCGAGUGAAGGGGCUCUACUGAGGGGGCCCAGCGCAGGACCCGCUACCACCCCCCA